UCUAAACUCCAAAGUACCAUUUUCACCUCUAGGCCACCUACCCACAGAUUUGCUUGCUCCUGGCAAUGUGGGGCAGUCGUAUGGCACUGCGUCAGCUCCAGCGGCUCGCUGUUGCUCCUUUGAAUAUUAAGGGGGGUCUACCAGGCAACGUGCAGAGGGAGAUGUCAACCCUUUCACGGGUAUAUGUCACCCGACAGAUCCCACCCGAGGGCCUGAAGAUCCUCCGUGAAUCUGGACAGGUGCAGUUUGAGCUGUGGGACUCAGAUGACGUCCCUGUGCCCAGGAAGGAGCUGCUUCAGAAGGUCAAAGGUGUCGAUGGUCUGCUCUGCGUGCUGACAGAGAAGAUUGAUGCAGAGGUGUUGGACGCCGCAGGUCCAAACCUGAAGGUCCUCAGUACUAUGUCAGUGGGGUUCGACCAUCUGACUUUGGAGGAGCUGAAGAAAAGAGGGAUCCGUGUGGGUUAUACUCCUGAUGUUCUGACAGAUUCUGUGGCUGAGCUGACUGUGGCUCUGCUGCUCACUACCUCCAGGAGGCUCAUAGAGGCCACACAUGAAGCCAAGACAGGUGGCUGGGGCACUUGGAGAACUCUGUGGCUGUGUGGAUAUGAGCUGGCCAACAGCACUGUGGGAAUCCUGGGCCUGGGAAGGAUUGGUGUUGCCAUUGCUGAGCGUCUGGCACCUUUCAAGGUCAAGAAGUUCAUCUACACAGACGUGGCCCCCAGGCCUGAGCUGGCCAGUAUCAUCAAUGCAGAGUACGUGUCUUUCGAUGAGCUGGCGAAGCAGUCAGAUUUCCUGGCGGUCUGCUGUGCUUUAACACCGGAAACAAAGGAUAUCUGCAACAAAGAACUCUUCUCCAAGAUGAAAAAUACAGCCGUCUUUAUCAACACAAGCCGAGGUGGUGUGGUGAACCAGGAAGACCUGUAUGAGGCUCUGUCCACUGGGCAGAUUGCAGCAGCUGGGUUAGAUGUCACUGUUCCUGAGCCCCUGCCCACAGACCACCCACUGUUUACCCUCAAAAACUGCGUGAUUCUCCCACAUAUUGCUAGUGCCUCCUAUACUACCCGUAAUGCAAUGUCUGCUCUGGCAGCAAACAACCUCCUCCUCGGCCUGCGGGGCGAGCCAAUGAUCAAAGAACUAAAACUGUGAGAAGGAACUGGCUCCACUCAACAACUGGCUGAAUACUGGACCAUCAGGACAACUUGUGUACCUAAUUACUCUUUAGGUUAAAAUAAAACCAGGACUUUCAGUGUGCAA